AGAACCACCUCGCCAAAAAUGAAUUUUUCAUCAAAGUUUUCUAGUGAAAAGUCUAUCAGUGCUCAACAAAGCAACCUGCUGAGAAGAACAUUUUCGGAAGGAAAAGAAAUACAGUUUUUUAUGGAGAGGCAAGGCGAUUUUGCUAGACCAGAGCAGUCAAACCUUAACUACAUGGAACCUGAAUAUUAUGAGUUUAAGCCCGGAAACAGGAAGUUAUAUUCAAACAAAAAUGGAGCAUUCCAGAAAACAAGGGAAGAGGAAAUGCUAAAAAAUUUUGAGGAUGAAAGGGAACAUUUGGAGCAGGAACACAACUUGAAAAUUCACAAAUUAGAGAAUAAGAGGAAAAACUACAUUGCUUUUCUAAAGCUCAAGAACAGAAACGAAGCUAUGAGGUUAUUUUCAAAAAUGGUCCGUUUACUGCGUGAAAUUGAGAAGGACGUGGACAAUGCAGUGGAAAAUGGUAUUUCGGAUGAGUUGUUCUCCGAUAGCAUAGAACGCCAAAUUCAACAAUUUGAGGAAGAAACUGAGUACUUUGAAAGUUUUAUGAUAAGAUCUAGCUACAUUGAUGCGGAUAUAUUUGAAAAGUUAUCGGACCAAGUUCUCAAAAUGGGAGAACUUGUUAACUACUCGAAUCUCCGAUCUUUGUGCGUUCAUUACCAAAUAGCUUGUAGCAAUAACGAUGCCGAGAGAGUGGAGCUGUACAAGGAUGAUCUGAGAAACUUUCAUCUCGAUUUACAGGAAAUGGCUGAUAUUUGUUCGGAUUUUAAUGUAUAAUGAAGAAUAUCUUUUUGUUUUUUUUUGUAAACAAUUACCGACUUUUUAUCUGAAAACUUACCUAAUAUGGUCUUAAAUAAAGAUCUUUAACGUGUU